AUGAAUAACUUCGAGCUAGACGAGGUCUGCCGGACAUCUCCCCCGCCAUUCGGCCAUGCGAUGCUAAAGUACUUUGGCUUCGACCCGAAAUAUGUCAAUCUCAACAACGGAUCUUACGGGUCCGUUCCGCUGCCGGUUCACGCAGAGUGCAACAAAUUAACACUGGACGUUGAACGCAAUCCAGAUUUCCAUCAUCGGUUCACUCACUACGACAUGCAAGCUCAAGUCAGGCAACGAGUUGCACCACUUAUCGGUGCGCGGGCGGACGAAUGUGUUAUCGUACCCAACGCGACUCACGGCAUCAACACGGUACUUCGAAAUAUUGAGUGGGAGAAUGGGGAUAUUAUUAUCGAUUUCAAUACGACAUAUGGUGCUGUUUCUCGCACGGCGCAGUACCUGUCCGACAGGCCACCACAUCCGUCCAUCUCGACGUUAACCAUCAACUUCCCCGAUACUCAUGCCGACAUGAUUUCCAAAUUUCGUGCCCACGUGAAAUCGGUCGUGGACUCAAAACCUCCGGGAAAGAGGGCCGUCGCGCUCAUAGACGCCAUUGUAGCUAACCCAGGCGUCCGCCUGCCGUGGCAGGAACUUGUCAAAAUAUGCAAGGAGGCAGGCGUUCUCAGCGUUAUUGACGCUGCACAUGCCAUUGGUCAGGAGUUAAAUAUUAACCUGGGAGAAGCCCAACCCGAUUUCUGGGUCUCCAACUGCCACAAGUGGUUGUUUUCGAAACGCGGCUGUGCCGUGUUGUAUGUUCCCAGACGGAACCAACAUCUCAUCAAAACCAGCAUCCCGACAUCCCACUCGUAUGUUUCCCCGGGAAACCCACCGACCUUUAUCGAACAAUUCAACUGGAAUGGUACUAUGGACUUUGUUCCCUUUUACAGCGUAUUGCCUGGUGAGUUAAUUAUACGAGGGAUGCGUGUUCGUCUUCAUGCCUAUCUACUAGCCCUUCGGUUUCGCGAAUGGCUUGGCGGAGAGGACAAGAUAAACGCGUAUUGCCACGACCUUGCCAUCGCUGGUGGCAAGCGACUUGCGGAAGUCUUAGGGACCCAAGUCCUGGAUCCCGACGGGUCUCUGACCUUCAACAUGGUAAAUGUCGAGAUACCACUAUCCGGCGAAAUAAAAUGGACGCCCGAGAUCAAGAAUCGAUUCUCAGAGAAACUCCUCAAAGAGCAUAACGUCUUCGCUGCGACUUUCUAUCACAAUGGGAAGUGGUGGGCUAGGUGCAGCGCACAGAUAUAUAACGAGCUCAGUGACUUUGAGUUCCUCGGCACGGCUUUCUUGCAAAUCUGCCCUGAGAUUCAGCAAGAGUUUGGAGUGGACAGUGUGGCGACGGUAUAA